UUUCAGGUCCCUGUGUGCACCGAGAUGCAUGAUCACAAAUUGCUGAGAGAAGCCUUUGACACCAUGGCCGAGGCCAUCCAAUGGUACCAAGCCCAGGAAUUGGAUCGUCAUUUCCGUGUUCGAGACUCGAGGCACGACGCCUAUCAAUACAAGGUGUUCCGAUGCUCGCAACGAGUCGCCUCUAAAGCCUACAAGCACGCUAAAACUAGAAAAAUCUAUCCAUGUCGAGCCAAGAUAACCGUGCGACAAAUAGAAAUGUGCCAUUGCGAGGCGACCGAGCCCCGUGAGCGAUGCUUUCAAGCCCGACACCGCUUCAUAAUGGAAGGCUGUUUGACCCACUCUCAUCCCAUGGACCCAGACAACUUCCGCUUGUCCCAGGUCACCCAAGAACGCAUCCUUGGGCUCAUCCAAUCCGGACAUGAGGUGAACGAGAUUGUCGAUCUGUGUAAUGCCGACCAGUCCCAAUCACAAAGCAAACGCGUGACUCUAGCUCAUGUCUAUCGACUCAAACGAGCCAUGGACAGAGCGCCCAGCAAAGCUUCAACCUCAAAG